UGGGUGUGAUUCCGGAACCUUCGGGGAGUCCGGGCGGGACGAGGGGCCGCUGCAGGACGUGUGUGAAGAGAGGGCGCCGGCUGCCCGGCCUCUGCCCCUGCAGGCCCCUGCCGCCAUGGCCCCAGAGCGGGGGACCCUCCUGCUGCUCGCCCUGAGCCUGGGCCUGGCCAGCGCCCAGCAGACUCUGGAGGAGGUGCCGGUGCAGCCAGACUUUGACGCCCGGAAGGUGGAGGGACGCUGGCUCACCGCCCGGCUGGCCGCCAGCCACACACGCCUGGUGUCCCCCGAGGACCCCUUGAGACUGGCCCUCCAUUCCAUUGGGACCCGGGACCAGGACCUGGAGUUCGUCUUGUUCUGGAUGGGAGAGGGCGUGUGCAAAGGGGUCAACGUCACCGUCCACCCAACGGGGCUCCGAGGCCAGUACCAAGGCGCCCUCCAGGGAGGCGGCAGCAUCCUCGUCCGCUUCGUCAGCACCGACUACAGCAGCCUGGUUCUUUACAUCCGCUUCCAGGACGGCGGCGGCGGCGGCGAGGUCACCAGCCUGUGGGCGCUGCUGGCCAGAAGACUGCCCGGGGACCCCAGGUGGCUGGAGAAAUACCUGGAGUUCGUCCGGAAAUUCCGGCUGCAAGAAGCACCCAUCUUUAACCUGGACGGUGAGCACUGCCCCGCCCCUACCCUGCACCUGGCUGCCGCCCAGUGUCCCCCACCUGACGCCUAG